AUGCCGCCCGCGCUGGGACAGCAGACAGCAGUCUCUGCCGGUCACCGCAGCGGUCGCUGCGACAAACACAUCACACAGCUAAACACGGUUUCAAUGGGUAUGCACGUGUGGCGGUGUUUCCGCUCGUCGCGCGCCUACUGCGGCCACCUGGUGAAUAUGGCCAACAAGGUGUGCUCGGCGGCCGAGGAGGGGCCCAACGUGCAGCUGGUGCGCGAGCAGCUGGACGCCCUGCCCGACGACAUACGAGCCAGCUGGCAGGCCUUCAAGGAGGCCAAGCUGCACAGGAUCAACGAACAGAACAAGCCGGUGUUGCCGGAGACCAAGCAGGAGACUGCCAGCGAGUCCGACUACCGACAGGUGACGGAGGCCCAGCAGGCCACCAUCCUCAGGACGUUCCACAACUUCCAGCUGCUGCACGCGAGUACGGCCGGCGCCGACGGACAGGGCGCCGACGACCUGGGCGACGACGACGGCUACAACGACAUCGGAGACGGACUCAGCGCGUCGCCGGACGAGGUGACCCCAGUCGGCCUGCUGUCUCUGGACGCCGGCGGCGACGGCCGGCCGUCGGCGGUCGACCUGUUCGCUGCCGCCAGCGAGGCGGACCCGUGGCCGGCGCGGCGCACUGCCAGUCUCGAGCCAUGCCACAGCAGCUCGGACGAGGAUGACGAGUCGGACGAGGGCGGCGCCGGCGACGACAGCGCGCCGGCGCAUAUCUCCAUGGAGGUAGACACGAGCGACCCGUGGGCCGCCGCCACUGCUACCGACUCACCACAGGUGGCCAUGGAGACCAAUAUGUGGGAGGAGGCGCCUCCGGCAGCGGCGUCGGCCGCCGGAGACGCGGCGGAGACCGCACAGUGGCCCGCCUUCCAGUCGCAGUCCGACGCGGUCACGGCAGCGCCGCAGAGCACAGAAUCCCCAGCCGGCGCCGGCUCCACCUCCGAGCAGCCGUCAGCGUUCCACGCGAACUUCGAGGCGGCCUUCUCAAACACGUGCGCCGUCCAGGAGGAUGGGCAGGUGUCGUCGGACGCGCCGGCACCGCCCGGCCGGCCCGAGUCGCUCCAGCUCAGCGCGGGCGCUGGCUCCAUGGAGGUGCAGCCCGAGCUGCUGGUGGCGGAGCCGGUGACGCCGCCGGCCGACCGGCCAGAGUCUCCGCACGAGCUGAACUCGACGGGAGGCGACUUCACUCCGCUCUUCCACGAGUCUUCCGUGACGGCGGGGUCCGCGGCGGCGACGUCCGAGGCGGCGGACGGUAGCGGGGAGUCACCGCUCUCCGAGCCGGCGCAGCAGCUGGCCGACAAUUACAGCUUCCUGACGUCACAGGGUCUGAUGAACGGCUCUGCGUCCGAGGGUGAGGAGAGCGGAGAGCCGGAGCCGACUGCCGAGCUGGCUGCCGCCAGCCGGACCGCCGACCUGCCCAGCCCGUCGAAGGUGGCGGCCGCGGAGCCGGCGGCGCCGCAGUCGGAGCCGCACGUACCGGCCUGAGCGGCGUCCGGAGCAGCGCGGGCCACCCACAGAGAGAGUGAGAGCGGGCUCAUCAGUCGGCCACUAGCACAGCAAUACACACACUGACAGAAAAACGGGGCGCAGCUGCCGCCUCCGCCGCCUCCGCCGUCGAGCCGAGCCGAGACGAGACGAGACGAACCGAUUGCGAGAGUGACUGACCGGGUGAUCGGGCGUGUGAGUGUGAGUGUGAGAGGGCGAGAGCCAGCGAGCUGUGAGAUUGAGAAAGAGAGCUGUCCAACUACGCUGUGAUACGCCGCGCUCCCGUCGCAGAGGCCGCCGGGUAGCGCCAGUCCCGCGCACAGACACACAAACAGACAGACAUACACAAACACAUACACAAACACACACACACACACACAGGUACAGCCACGAAGACAUGACAGGCGGCCGGCGCCCCCGGCCGCGCGCGCCCGCCCCGGCCGCCGCCGUCACUCCCACCCGACUCUGUAUAAAGUGUAGUUUUAACGCCUGACAAUGGUGCCAGCGAGGCGCGGCGGGGAACGGGCGCGCGCGGCCGGCGCCGCGCCGCCUCGGCUACAAUCAUGUCGCAUAAUUGAGCCGGGCCGGCCGAGUGACGCGCGCCCCCCCGGCGACAGUUUUAACCGGUUUUCGUUUGUGUGCGGACGGCGGUGACGGCGCCGCCGACACAGUCUGAACAUUCCAGGAGGGUGCGGGUAGCGCCGGCCGGUGCGCCGGCCGCCCGACCUGACCUGACCUGACCCCGCCCCGGCGGCUCGCGACUCGACCUGAAGUGACCUCACGUCCGGCCGCGGCCGCCGCCGCCGCCGCGCCGCGCCGCUGAUGAUGUGUCGCUCGCCACCCCAUGAGAACUUCACUUGCCACUCUCUGUAUGCAUUUUACUGGGUAUCGCGGGUCCAACGCUUGGCGCUGGGAAGCGACGCGGGCAGUGGUCCCGGCGAGCAGCGUGCCUUUUGCCUGCCCCCGACUCUGACAGCGCUUGCCUUCCCCUUCCUCCCCGUCCCGUCCUGACCCCUCCCUCCCCUGUCUGUCCGUCUCUCGUCUAUCCAACUCACCUGAGCCCCUGGCCAGGCCCGCCGCCCGCCGCCGCCCGUGCGCUGAGCGGGGCGGCUCGGGCGGCACGGCGGGCCUGCCGGGCGGACAGCUCCCAUUGGAUGAAGCGGGUGGAAGCUGCUGAAAAUGUACCUUGUACAAAUGUUAAUAUAUUGUAGCCAGUG